AAGUGGAGUAACAUUUUUUUACAGAAGUUAGGUGAUGGUUGUUAGCAACACCUCCAAAUGUGUUUCCACUUGUUGGUACCGGUACAGUAUAAGAUGCACUAAUGUUAGGUGUGUGUGUUUCUCCAUGUACUGACACAGCUUUCUGUGGUCCAGAAAGCUUACCCGGUUUAGCUGUAAUGAAACAAGCUUCUAUUUUGUUACUCUUUGCAGAGAGGGCAAGCAGCAAACCAUUGUAGAGCAAAUACACAAAUAAUUGUAGAAAUCUAUGUAUAACCAGUUGCUCAGUCCCUUAAUUAUUUAAAGUAUGAACUACAAAUGGUGAAACAAAAUACCCUACCAAAGAGCUCACAUCGCCUUGCUGACCAUGGGGCUUGCAAUUUCUGAUUGUAAUGCAUCACAUUACACACUUUCACUUGCCUUUUAAUGUGCUGUUCUUGCUGGGAAGCCAAACAUAAUUAGGAGAUGGCAGCUAAUAAAGACAGUGUUAAAGUUGCUGUGCGUGUGAGGCCUUUCAAUAAGAGGGAAAAGGAUGCCAGCAGCCGGUGUAUUAUUUCUAUGAACUCAAACACCACCACUAUCUAUGACCCUCGAAACCCACAGAAUAGGAAGACCUUCACUUUUGAUUAUGCCUACUGGUCCCACAGUGAUUUUAUUAAGAGCAAGGAUGGGAUGCUUGUUCCAGGAGAACCAAAUAGCCGCUAUGCUGACCAGAGGAAGGUUUACCAGGAUCUUGGCCAAGGUAUCUUGGAAAAUUCCUGGCAGGGGUACAAUGCCACACUGUUAGCCUAUGGACAGACCGGCUCAGGAAAAAGCUAUUCAAUGAUCGGCAACACUGUUAACCAAGGCAUCAUCCCUGCAAUCUGUGAAGAGCUUUUCAAAGAGAUACGAGAGAACCGAGACAGCAACAGACAGCAUCAGGUAUCCUUUAGCAUGCUGGAAAUCUACAAUGAACAGGUGGUUGACUUGCUAUCUAAAAGCAAGGCCCCAGGAGGACUGAAGGUGCGGGAGGACCAGCAGCGAGGCUUCUACGUGGAGGGGCUGAAGUUGGUUCCCUGUGAGAGCUAUGGGCAGAUUGAGAGACUGACGGAGCAGGGAACCAGGGCCAGGACCACUGCCUCCACCAACAUGAAUGCCUGCAGCAGCCGCUCACACAUGGUUAUCACCAUCCAGUUAAAGCAGAUCUGCACAAAGGAGAACCUCACAAAGCAGUCAAACAUUAACCUGGUGGAUCUGGCAGGCAGUGAGCGGCAGAGGUCCUCUGGGUCUGAAGGAGAUCGCCUCAAGGAAGGCACAGCUGUGAACCUCAGCCUGACCACGCUGGGCAAUGUGAUAAGCUCUUUGGCAGAAGUGGCAGUGGGAAAGAAGUCAGUGCACAUUCCUUACAGAGAUUCAGUUCUAACUAAACUGCUCCAGUCAGCGCUAGGGGGCAACAGCCGAACUGUCAUGAUUGCAACUCUCAGCCCUGCAGACAUCUGCUAUGAAGAGACUCUCUCAACUCUGCGCUAUGCAGAAAGGACCAAGAAAAUCCAGAACCAAGCUGUGAUUAACGAGAGCCCCAGCGAGAGGCUGGUCAAGGAGCUGAAGGCAGAGAACAGCAAGCUGCUCCUGAAACUGAGCAGACUGGGACAGGACGGGAGAAGAGCUGAGGAUGAAACACAGGGGUUGCGUCAGCUCCUGUCACAGAAUGAAUUGCAGAUCCAAGCAAUCCAGGCACUGUGGCAGCAGCAUCUUGAAGAGGCACGCAGGGAUUGGGAGCAGCAGUACGCAGACGUCACCCAGGAGAGGCGUAUGAUGCAGAGCUUCCCUUACAUAUUAAACAUCAAUGAAGACCCUCAGCUUUCCGGAGUGGUUAAACACUUUAUCCAAGAGGGUGAAUGGGAACUAGGUCUUUCUGACAGAGCUUCUAAUGUAAUAACAGUUAAAGGUCUGGGCAUUCUAGAUAGACAUGCUACCUUUACAAAUAUGAAUGGAAAAGUUGCCAUAAACCCAUGUGGAGAGGCCAAAGUGAUUGUGAACGGAGCACCUCUCUUGAAAGGAACUGAGCUCCAGCAUUUGGAUCGGAUUAUAUUGGGUUCGAACAGUACCUAUCUGUAUAUUGGCUUUCCCUCUGAACGCAGAGACGAGGACUGGGGCAGAUUGGACUACGACUUCUUCCAGUCAGAGCUUGCAGUGGCAGAGGGGUUUGACAUGGAUAAACUGGGUGAUACCAGCAGUAAGAAUGGCAAAGCCAACCCAAGUGUGCUUGCAGUAUUUCAUGACUACAUCAAGGUGAUGCCCAUGGUGACUGAGGCAAACCAGAUGAGCCAAGAAUUAAACAAGGGUAUGGAGUUUAAGUUAGAGGUCAAAAACUUGGCAAUGUGUGACUCCAAGGGCCAUGAUUUGGAAAAAGAAAUCACAGUCAAAGUGACCCACAAAGAAACUAAGCAGGUAUGGGUGUGGUCCAAAGCAAAGUUUAUAAACAGGAAGUUUCUUAUGGAGGAGUUGUACCAGAGGCACAUGGAAGAGGACACUAUGUGUGUAGACAGGGAGAAGGAUCCGUUCUGGGACCCAGUGGACUGUGUCCACUUAGGAAGCGCUCAUGUCUGGCUGCAAUCUCUCGCCUUCUGCAUCAAACUGGAGGAACAGGUGGAGUUCCUCAACUCAGAAGGCAGCGAGGAAGCCAUCUUACAAAUACACCUUGUCCCCUGCACCGCCACAGGAGAAGUACUAGGAGAGGAUGACAUCCUGAUAGACCCCACAGAGCUGCUGGGCAGGAGAUUUGAUUUCCAGAUACAUAUCAUCCAGGGGUUUGGAGUGAAGUGGCUUAAAGAGAUUACAGAUAGGGGAGUUCAGAUUGGAUACAGUCUAUAUAAUCACUCACACAUCUUUUACACCAAAUGUGUUUGGAAUCAUAUGAAUCCCACGCUGGAGCACAAGACACAGUUUGCAAUACUGAGUGUCUCACAAGACUUUCUCAAUUAUCUGCAAACAAAUGCAUUAGUCAUUGACCUGUGGGGACUUCAAGCUGGGUGCACAGAAAUGGCAUCUUCCAUGGAAGAUGUGACAGUAACUGAGGAAGGAAGCGUUAUUAUUGAUGAUCUGAGGACAUCAGUGUUUCGCAGCACAAUGGAAACGAAUGGAAACCAUCUACCUGAAUUGUACACUCAACUAACCAAGUUGGAGCAGGAGACUGAGCUUCUAAGAGCUAUCAAUGAAUCCUUGAGGAAAGAAAAUGUGUGUUUAAAAAAACAGUUAAAGAACACAAGCACAAAAGAAAAUUCUGAGAGCGAGUCAAAAGGAGGAAAUCAUCACAGGAUUAGCAGCAGUGCCUCUCAAUCUUCUCUUCUGCCUAAAAGAACGGACAGCAGGGGGAGCUUCCGGAGAGGCUGUGAUGCAGAGUUUGCCAAAGCUCUCAAGGUCUUCUAUCAGAGCAUGAGCAGUGUGCGCAGACAGCUCCAACUACUAAGAUGCCACAGGCCAAGUGAGGAAGAUGACUUGCAUGGCUUGCAACUGUUUACAGAAGAGCAGACAAAGAUGUUGAAGGGUUUUGGAGAGCAGCUUGAGCUCUGCAUCAGCACACUAAAGCAGGAUGUGGCGGCCAUUGUGAAGAGAAAACGUGAAAGGUCUGGAAUGUGGUAAUUUCUACCUGUGUAAUCACACUUGUUCCAAACUGUGACAGUGAUAAAACAAUAAAAACCCAUGGCCAGGCUUGUGCAUCUCAAUACAUGACAGGUAGCCAGCCAGACUCCACCCACAGAUUUGGAUUGUGGGAAAG